AUGCCGGACGCUUCGACUAGGUCGACGGGAAGCACGUUCCACACGCUCACCCGAGAGAAGCAGUUCAAAAAUCCACCAAAGAAAGGCUCAGUCGUUCCUAUCCUGAAUGAAUUUGUGAUCCCUCAUUUAGAAUCAUUCAACGCGCUUUUCGAUGACUCCGGUUUACCUGUUGGCGAUGGAGACGGUCAAGGAUUACUGUCUUUGGCGAUAAAGGACAUAGGGGAACGCGUCGUAUUCGAUGGCAAAGGAGAAAUCGGUUCAGAGAGCGGUCUCAAAGGUUGGGGGAACAGGUUGAGCAUGUGUUAUGAACAGGUUCUUGUGGCACGACCUAUGAUCUCCGACAAAGUUCAAAACGAUUACGCCCGGCUAUUCCCCUCGGAGGCUCGCGAACGUGUGACAUCUUACCGUGCCCGCAUGACAGUCAAACUCCGUUGGAGAGUUAACGAUGGUCCGACAGAGGUCGAACAGCGAGACUGCGGGCUGCUCCCGAUCAUGGUUCGAUCAAUAAGGUGCAACCUCAAGGGUAUGUCUUCAGCCGAUCUUGUGAAGCACCACGAAGAGCCCGAGGAGUUCGGCGGCUACUUCAUCAUUAACGGAAACGAGCGGCUUAUCCGAUACCUCAUCCUCCCUCGGCGACACCAUGUUAUCGCACUUACGCGCCCAUCCUUUGCGAACCGCGGGCCGUCCUAUACACCAUAUGCCGUGCAGAUCCGGUGUGCUCGGCAAGACCAGACGAGCGUAACAAACACACUGCACUACCUCUCAAACGGGAGCGCCAUGCUGCGUUUCAGCUGGCGGAAGCAGGAGUAUGUCAUCCCUAUCAUGCUGAUCCUGAAAGCGCUUGUUUCCGCCUCGGACAAAGAGAUCUUCGAGGGAGUCAUGAUGCAGGACUAUGAGGACACGUUCCUCACGGACCGGGUGGAGUUGCUCUUGCGCAGCUUCAAAAUGUACAGUUUGUACGCUGGUGAUCAGUGCCUCGAAUUCUUAGGCUCCAAGUUCCGCGUUGUUCUCAGUACACCUGACGAUAUGACCAACAAGGCCGUUGGUGCCUGGCUAGUGCAAAAGCUGGUGCUUGUCCAUCUCGACUCACCGCGAGAGAAGUUCCGGAUACUUCUCUUUAUGCUCAGGAAGCUCUAUGCGCUGGUGUCAAAGUCAUGUUGCGUAGAUAAUCCUGAUUCCCCGCAAAAUCAAGAAGUUCUACUGCCGGGAACAUUAUACGGGAUGAUUAUCAAGGAACGGUUGGAGGAAGCAUUGCACAAUGUGUCUCAAGCCAUUGCUGCUGACGUCAGGCUAUCGAACCCAUCCGUAGACUUCUUUGACAAUCGUUAUUUCAGAAAAAUCCUAGCGCGUACUAACUUCGACAUCGGUGCAAAGAUGUCGAACUUUCUCGCGACGGGCAACUUGAUAUCACCGACUGGUCUUGAUCUGCAGCAAGCUUCUGGAUUCACGAUCGUCGCGGAGAAGCUCAACUGGCAACGUUAUAUCAGUCACUUCAGAUCCAUUCACCGAGGGGCAUUUUUUGCCGAGCUGAAAACUACGACGGUCAGAAAACUUCUGCCAGAAGCCUGGGGUUUCCUCUGCCCUGUGCAUACUCCUGACGGCUCUCCGUGCGGAUUGCUCAAUCACCUGUCGCGUACGUGCCGCAUCGUGACUGCGCCAUUAGCAGUCGCGCAUAUACCCGCCCUUCUAGCCGUCCACGGCAUGACACCAGCCUUUGCCGCCUCAAUCGACGGCCGUAGAAACCUGUGCGUGCAGCUCGAUGGACGUCUGAUUGGCUGGGCCCCUUCCGCCGUCCUCAAACAACUCGCGACGAAUUUGCGGAUAUGGAAGACGGAGGGAAAAUACAACGUACCGCUCGAUCUGGAGAUUGCAUUCGUGCCUGUCUCCAAGGGCGGGCAAUAUCCUGGGCUGUACCUUUUCGCGUCGCGGGCGCGAAUGAUGCGGCCCGUGAAGUACCUCGCGAAUGGACAUAAUGAUCAGAUUGGGUCGUUCGAGCAAGUCUACAUGGACAUUGCGUGUACACCGGAGGAGAUUGAGCAAGGUGUUUCGACACACGUCGAGCAUGCCCCAACAAAUUUCCUCUCGAUUCUGGCGAAUCUCACUCCUUUCUCUGACUUCAAUCAAAGCCCCCGUAAUAUCUACCAAUGUCAGAUGGGUAAACAGACCAUGGGAACACCGGCCACUGCCCUCCAGCAUCGGACAGAUAACAAGUUGUACAGACUACAAAGUGGUCAAACCCCAGUGGUACGUCCCGCGUUGCACAACACAUACGGCAUGGACUCGUUCCCAAACGGGACCAAUGCCAUCGUCGCGGUCAUCUCUUACACUGGAUACGACAUGGAAGACGCCAUGAUUCUAAACAAGUCAGCGCACGAGCGAGGCUUUGGAUAUGGUACUGUCUAUAAGUCGCAUACCGUAGACCUCAGAGAAACGCAAGGGUCCGCAAAAUCGCAGACAAACCCGACGCUUCACUUUGGCUUGGGGUACGAUGUCAGGACUUCGGGUCCUAGGCGGCAUCCCUGGUGUGACUUCGUAGAUCCCGAUGGUCUACCAGCUGUUGGAACUCGACUGACCGCUGGCGAUCCACUCUGCGCUUAUAUUGACGAUACGAAGAAUCGCACGAUAUGGGUAAAGUACAAGGGUGACGAGGUGGCCUAUGUAGACACGGUGCGCCUGCUAGCCAGUGACGGUGUUGAGACCGAACUACAGAAGAUCAAUAUUACUCUCCGGAUUACGCGCGCCCCAGUCAUCGGUGACAAGUUCUCUUCCCGGCAUGGACAGAAGGGUGUCUGUUCGCAGAAAUGGCCUGCCAUUGACAUGCCGUUCAGCGAGAGCGGGAUGCAGCCGGACGUCAUUAUCAACCCGCAUGCCUUCCCCAGUCGUAUGACGAUCGGUAUGUUGGUCGAGAGUAUGGCAGGUAAAGCGGGCGCGAUGCAUGGCCUUGCACAAGAUGCCACUCCAUUCCAAUUCACAGAAGAGGACACAGCUGUGGAUUACUUCGGCGAACAGCUUCUUGCUGCCGGCUACAACUUUUACGGCAACGAGCCCAUGUACUCAGGUAUUACUGGACAGGAGUUUGCCGCCGAUAUUUAUAUUGGUGUCGUCUACUAUCAGCGUCUACGACACAUGGUGUUGGACAAGUUCCAAGUACGUACGACGGGUCCUGUCGAUCCCUUGACGCGGCAACCUGUGAAGGGUCGUAAACGUGCAGGAGGUAUCCGAUUUGGUGAGAUGGAGCGGGACGCUCUCAUCGCCCAUGGUACAUCCUUCCUUCUCCAGGAUCGACUGAUGAACUGCUCCGACUACUCAACUGCCUGGGUCUGUCGGACGUGUGGAAGUCUGAUAUCGCUGGGAUACGACGACAUCAGCCUAGGAGAAAUGUCCUUGGGUCCAUCGGGACAGCUAAGACCCACUGGGCCAGGAGGGGAGUACUGCCGAGUCUGCCGAGCAACUGCAGAAGCGGAGGAUGAAUGGGCACGAAAGUCGCUUGCCAAUGCGCAAAACGGGAUUUCCGCCGGUCACAGUCAGAGCGACCUUAGGGUCGCCAUUCCCUCACACAAUAUCUUGGGACCCGCGUCGAAGGGUGGCAAUCUGGAUAUCGUUGCAGUGCCGUAUGUCUUCCGGUAUCUUUGCGCCGAGUUGGCUUCCAUGGGGAUAGCGAUUUCCCUGGAGGUCCACUAA